UUAUCUUUGGGUUGAUUGCUUUGUUGACUCGUUGGUCCGGCUUCUAGCAACGUGCAAUUUUCAUUUUUCCCGUUUCUUGAAACUAAGUGAUACUCUAAUAAUAAAAAUGGCCAGGCCUGUUGUGAAUAUCGACACGAUGUCGAGAUAUGUAUCGCCAAUAAAUCCAGCCGUGUUUCCUCAUUUGUCAUUAAUCCUUCUUGGGUUCGGCAUAUUCUUCACGGCCUGGUUUUUCGUCUAUGAAGUGACUAGCACAAAAUUUACACGAGACAUAUUUAAAGAAUUGCUCAUAGCGUUGGUCGCAUCUGCAUUUUCCGGCUUUGGUAUACUAUUUCUGAUGCUAUGGGUUGGAAUCUAUGUCUGAGAUUCGAAAAAAUAAGAUCAUCUACAAUAUUGUUUUCAUUCCAUUUUAUUAUAUUAUCAUUAUUAUUUUCAUUUAACACAUUUGUUAAUAAAUAUAAUAGUUUUAUACCAAA